CCCAUUCCCAGCCACAACACAUCCACAAUGCCCGUCAAAGGUUCUGACAUCAUCAUUAUCCUCGUCGCCAUCCUCUUCCCCCCGGCGGCGGCGGCCAUGAUCACCGGCUGCAGCUGUGAUCUUCUCAUCAACAUCCUGUUGACCGUCUUGGGUUAUCUUCCCGGCCAUAUCCACGCCUUCUGGCUCAUCUACAAGCGCAUCAAGGCCGAGGAAGCUUACGGACAUGGUGGCUACACCUACUUGGGCAACGGCAACUUUGUUGGAUCCGCUGGUGGCCACCCCGGUGCGCCCGUCGGAGCUGUUCCUGGUACGUGCCCGUGUGUCGCAAGUAUCAAAGAGCGUGGAGCUGACGAAGCGAUAGCUCAGCAGCCGUACUAUGGCUCCACUGGCCGUUAA